AGCAGAUUGCGCAGUACAUCGCAUGUUCUUUGAUUCUCACCUCUUUCCAGCCUCGCCCACAUCAGAAGUCUAAUGUCUCUCCAAAAGAUAAAGCUCUUUCUGCAAUUCUACUACCUGAGUGCCAAACAUAAUGUUCAGCAGGGGUUAGACAGAGUCUCAAGCUACAUUCAUCGCAUCAACUACCGUCCUCAUCCAUCGCCACGCCAAGUACUUGUGUUAGGAGGUUCCUUCGCCGGUUCUCACGUUGCCCAACGUCUCGCCCAUACCCUCCCCUCAGGAUGGAUGGUUACCCUGCUCGAAAAAAACUCCCAUUUCCACUAUGCCUUUGCAUUUCCCCGAUUAGCCGUGCUAGGCGGCCGUGAGUCGCAGGCCUUCAUCCCAUACGAUCGCCUCGCUGGGUCUGCGCCUCCGGGCAUCUUUCAGCAUGUCCAAGGCGAAGCUAAAACGGUUAAUCUAGACGAAAACCAUGUGACUCUUACUGAUGGUAAUAUCGUUCCCUAUGAUUACCUGGUCAUAGCGACGGGUGCAGCGCAACCUGCCCCAACAAGGCUUCGCUCUGUUUCUCGGGAACAAGCGACUGCCGAGUUACGGGAAUGCCAGCGGCAGAUACGUGACGCGGAGCGGAUCGCUGUCAUCGGUGGCGGCGCAGCGGGUAUUGAGCUAGUGACAGAAAUAAAGGAGGAGUAUGGGCGGAAGCAUGUUACAUUGAUUCAUUCGAGGGACCAAUUGUUGCCCCGGUUUGGGCCUAAGAUCCAUGAGUAUGUGAUGGCUGACUUGCAGAAGAGGGGUGUAGAAAUCCUGCUCCGAGAGAGGCCUGAGAUCCCGCGUUCUGCACUGGGGGAAGCGCAAGGGCCAAUGGUGCUCACCAUGGCGGAUGGAUCUAAGAGGCAUUUCGAUUUGGUGAUUCAGUGUACUGGUCUGAGGCCGAAUUCGAAGUUCAUGCUCCCGCAUGCUGCAAAUUCUCUUGCCGCAAAUGGAGAAAUCAUCGUCAAGCCUACGUUGCAGGUUGGGAUUCAGGAAUCCAGUUCUUCGCGGAGUGGACAAGAUUUGCUUCAUCACGGGCGCAUCUUUGCCUUAGGUGAUGUUGCCCGAACCGGAGGUCCGAAGCAGGGACGCGCUUGUAUGCUUCAAGGAGACAUUACUGUCAAGAACAUACUUGCCAUGAUUCGUGGCAGCCCUACCUUAAAGGAGUACAAUCCCCAUCCUUUCGAAGGAGCUCUUCAAUUGACCAUGGGGAAGAAGCACCAAGUAAUGUACUUGCAAAUGCCCGGAUAUGAAUUUUUACAGCCAAUGCAGCAGUCGGAUGAAGACCUUGGCGCUGCACGGAUGUGGAAGAAGCUCAAUGCUAAAUACGUGGAAUAAAACCGUCAUGGUCGCUAACCCUAGAUCUUUCCUGGGAUUCUUUUUCUUCCCUUGCUUUGCUUUGUUUUCAUUCCACUGUACUCGAGAGACACGGAAACUUGCAUAGCGUUUUGAGCAUCUCGUCGACCGAGCUGUAAUAUUCAGGUUUCUUGACCAACGCAUCUGCAGUGACCGCAAAGUCCUCUUAGCAAAGCGCAGACCGAACUCCUUCUCAAUUUCGUCCCAGGCGAGGCCUCUAGCCACCAAUUUCUGUAGGACCUCAUCCUCGGCCGCUGUAUAAGGUCGACCA